UCACUUUAAAAUAUAUUAUGUGCAUAACUAAGGUAGAAAAUAAUCAUUUCGUGCAUUUCAAAUAAUCUAUUAUAUUCAUUAUUAUAUAUCAUAUUUCUCGACAAAAUUUUUCCAUCCAAUGGGUCGUGCUUGUGCUAAUUUAUACUAGUCGCGAAGGCUACGCAGCGGUUGGGCCUCUACUUAUACGGAAGGCCCAUAGAGUGGAAGAAAAUUCGCCUUCCUCGUUUUUUCCUCCGCCGUAAAUCAGCAAUCCCUGUUCCUCAGUUUCCUCUGCCGCAAAGUAAUCUUCUCGUUGUUCAUCAAUUUUUUUCAUAGUGGUUAAAGCCUCUCAUCUCAAUACUUAUCUCAUUUCGUCUUUUAAUGCAUUUACAAAAAUCGGAUCCUCAAUCUUUCGUCUUCAUGUUCUUCACUUUGUCGCCGUCGACCGCUGCACUUCCCCUCUUUUUCAUUCUUUUCUUCUUCCCAUCUCAACAUUCUUGUUCGUUUUCCUUCUGAAGCCAUGAAAAAGUUUGCUGAUAAAUGGACAUAAGAUUUCAAUUUUGAAAAUUUUCUCCUUACAUGCUGAUUUUCCGUCCCCUAUUUUGCAUGACUAAGGGGUCGUUUGGAUUGAGUAUUUGAUAAACUUGUUGUUUGGGGCCAAUUACCACACAAAUACCACAUAAUAUAAAACUUGUUAUUUGGUAUGUGAUAUUUGGUCUCAAACUUGUUAUUUGGGAAAUACCUGCCCCCUCCCAAGUAUUUGGCAAACAACACUUUUUGUGUUAUUUGGUCUCAAACCUGUUAUUUGGCAAAACACUACAUCCAAAUAACACAUCCCACUUUUUGUCAGCCAAACAUGUUAUUUGGGGUUAAAUAACAGAUUUUGUGUUAUUUGACCUCAAAUAACACCCCCAAAUACUCAAUCCAAACGACCCCUAAGUGAUUUGAGCGAUUUCAAUUUAACAUGAUGCUGGGGGUGGAUUGUUGCAGAGAUGAUGAUGACGAUGAACAGGGGAGACAACGGGAUAGUCGGGGUUCGGGAUUCCAAAUGGUGGUGAUUUCGACUAAUUAGAGGCUCGAGAGUCGAGAUAUUGGUGGUGAUAGUCGGCCGGCGCAAAGAAUCUAAACAGCGAUGAUGUGAUGGUGGAUUUGCGGUGAGAAUCGACGGAUCUGUCGUCCUUACUUUUAACUUUUUAAUUUAUUUUUUAUUAAUUUACUAGCUAAACCCGACCAACCCAAAAUCAUAACCCAACCUUCUUGUUUCAACCAUUCAAAAUCAGAAUCAACUUAUUCGAACCGGCUAGAAUAAUGGACGGCACCGGUGCAGUCACUGUACCGCAGAAUUCCCGUCAACGUAACCAUGAAACAAAGUCAAACUCCCGAAAAAAAAAAUUGAGGACGACAAAAACAGGACUUGGACUACCAAGGCCCGUAACAGAUGGGCUUCAUGGGACAAUAUUGUGGGCCCAAAGCUUGGAUCCAGUGGCAAGAAGUCCAGGAUGUAGCAGCGGAGAACACAAAACUUGGAAGAAGAAGAACUUCCCAGAACCGUGUAUUUUUUUCUGGAAUAUCGGGAGCUGUCUUCUUUUCUCUCUUCCUUGCACCUUCGACCAAAUUUUUUUUGACAAUCAUCACGGUGGCCGUACCAGAAAUUCGUGACGUAUUCAUCCUUAGGUUGAAGAUAAAGCCAGUUCGUCUUCCUUUGGAGUGUAGGCAAAAUCGGGACAAAUAACGACCAUGGCAUCAAAAUCCUUAGCGCAGAAGAUCGGCCCCGCCAUGAGGAGGCAGGCCGUGUCGUUAACAGACGCGGCGGCGUCGAGGAUACGCCAGCUUUUGCAGCAGCGGCAACGGCCUUUCCUCCGGCUUGGCGUCAAAGCUCGCGGAUGCAACGGCUUGUCCUACACGCUCAAUUACGCGGACGAGAAAGGAAAAUUCGACGAGUUGAUUGAUGAGAAGGGCGUGAAGGUACUGAUUGAUCCCAAGGCUCUAAUGCAUGUGAUUGGAACAAAGAUGGAUUUCGUUGAUGACAAACUUAGGUCAGAGUUCAUAUUCAUCAAUCCAAACUCUCAAGGCCAAUGUGGCUGCGGCGAGUCUUUCAUGACGACUUCUACCAGCAGUGCCGCACAAGGUACCAGUAGCCGAUAGGAGGUUCGAUAUGAUCGCUGUGAGAGCUGCUUACGGUGCAACCAUCCUAUCAUCUGUAAACUUGUGUCGGUUGUUUGAUCAGGGCUCGAUACUAAAAACGGUUGGAUACAUGUAAAGGCAAGUAGUUCUUUGGUUUUGUAAGAUUCGUAUUGUGAAGGCAAGUUAACUGAACGUGUGUGUAAUCAUCUCUUCUUUUGCAAGCUAUGCGCUGCCGCAAACUGGAAUAUAUGCAUCCUUUCGUUUCCUUUAGCUGCUUGUGUUGGUGCUAUACAGAAACCACAUUGAGUGAUCAGUCUCACAUUUGAUGUAGCAAGCUGUUUCGUAAUUCUAGCAUGUCUUUCCUCCACUCCAGCAAACUUUUGAGUGAUUAGUCUCACAUUCAAGUAACAAUGCAUAAAAUGGUCAGACUCGCCUAGACAUGGAUCUCCAUUUUACCCUGCUCUAUCUUCUAGUUGUCAACCAAGAUCAAAUUCGCCCCCGGUACAACUAUCUUCGCCUCUGAUGUAGCCAGAUCACUCGACCUAACGCCAGAAAUGAAUAAUAUGAGCAAUG